AUGGAUACGUUGUUCAGUUCUACCAAGACCAACCCAAGAGGCAUUCCAGAGGCGCCAUUUGUGGAGAAAGUCGAACAAUAUGUGAAGAACCCAGAAGACUUUGAUAUGUGCUUCAGCAAAUUCCAGGAGCAUCUAUCCAAGUAUAAGUAUAUGCAAGAAUCGAAACUUGCUACUAUCAAACAACUAAAAGGGAAGAUUCCAGACAUUGAAAACACACUUAAUAUGUGCCAAUUGUUGAAGGAAAAGAGAGAGGCUGUUCCAGACGAGGAUGAAGAUGAAGAUGAAGAGGAAGGGUUAUUGAUAAACUACCAAUUGAACGACACUUUAUUUAGUAAAGCAUCUGUUGAUCCUAAGGAUCCAAACUUAAAGGUGGGAUUGUGGCUUGGUGCAGAUGUGAUGCUUGAAUACCCUUUAGAUGAAGCUAUUGAAUUAUUGAAUCAAAAACUAGCAGAUGCUAAGCAAAAUCUUGAUGUUUCACAGCAAGACGUUGAGUUCUUAAGAGAAAAUAUUACUACUAUGGAGGUUAACUGUGCAAGAUUAUACAACUGGGAUGUUCAAAGGAGGCAAAUGCAGAAGAAAGAGGGUGCAGGUAGCGCUGCAUAA